UAAAAGAGCGUUCGAAAGUGGAUUUCACACAGCGGAGCCAAAAGCUGACCACAUCUCACUAAGAAGAAAAGAAGAAGCUCUGACCCACUCCAUCAGAAAUCUACCACAAGAGCAAAAAUGGUUGCUGUGUUGGCGUUGCUGAUGGCACAGUUGGUGUCAAGUGCUGUGGUGAAGCCCGAGGCACAUCUCCAACCACCUCUGGACUCCCAGGUCAUCCCAGGAGUGCAGUGGUGCAGCUAUAUUUACUAUUGUCCAUCCUGCACUUCCUGCUGCAGGAGGGCUGAUGGAACUUAUGGCUGCUGUGGAAGCAACAUGGUUUGCUGUCCUGAUGGGUUCCACUGCUGCCCAUACGGGUCCCACUGCGAUGCCACGUCCAGUCGCUGUAAACUUGGAGGAUCCAGAGGUCUGAGCUUUCCAUCAUCCCCCCAGCAGCCAGCUACCAUGGUGGACACGCCUAAGCUUCAGGUGUUUCCAAAAAAGCCGGAGGCACCACAAUCUGCCCUGGAAUCUGCUGAGCCUUCAGUGCAGUGGUGUGACUUCAAAAGCUACUGUCCAGACUGCAGCACCUGCUGCAGGACGCCGAGCGGCUCCUGGUCCUGCUGUGUCUUUUCUAACGGUCAGUGCUGUCCAGAUGGCCUGCAUUGCUGUGCUAAUGGCUAUCGCUGUGAUUCCACAUCCACCCGCUGUCUGAUAGGAGGACUGAGUAUGCCCUCAUCCCCACAGCGUCCAGCUAUUACUGUCAACAGCACCGUCCACCGUGACUAUGAGGAAGUGAGAUCCAAAGUGGUCAAAGAGGCUGACUCUUCUCCGAUGGUGCCAGUAAACAAGGCUCUAGAGACUCCCGAUGGAUGCCGAGAUUGUUCGUUGUGAUGCCCGCAAUGGCUGCCCAGUGGGAAGUACCUGCUGCAAGAUGCUGAAUGGAGAGUGGGGAUGCUGUCCUUAUACAGAAGGUCAGUGCUGUGAAGACAGAAAGCACUGCUGUGAAUCCGGCUACGAGUGUGACGGCUCAGUGUCCUGCAAGAAGGGUUCGCUGAACGUUCCUGCCAGCCUGAAGGAGGCGCCGCUGAACCUGUGAGUCUACACC